AUGGGGAAUACCCCGACAGUUCGACACCUACAGGAGUUGCUUGGUCAGCAUCAUCCUGAGCUGUUAUUCCUCAGUGAGACCAAAAACAGAAGAAGGUACAUAGAAGGUUUGGUAGAAAAGUUCGGUUUCAGCAACUUGAAAACAGUGGAACCGGUGGGAAAAGGCGGUGGUCUUGCAGUAAUGUGGAAAGAAAGUUGCAAGGUUGAGGUACUGCAGGCCAGCCGCAGAGUAAUAGAUUUAAAGAUUCAGUGGCAAGACAAAAUGUUCUUUCUCACCUGCGUAUACGGAGAGCCAAUCAAGGGCAAAAGAGGUGACGUUUGGGAAAGGAUCACAAGAAUUGGUACAACCAGAAAUGGAGCAUGGGUAAUGACUGGCGAUUUCAAUGAGCUUAUUGAUCCUUCAGAAAAGAUAGGCGGAGCAGCAAGGAGUGCAGAAGAAGGCAAAGACUUUCGGAAAAUGUUGCAUGCUUGUGGGCUUUGGAACAUAAAACAUGUCGGCUACCAAUUCUCAUGGGCAGGAACCAGGAAUAACGAAAAUGUCCAAUGUAGAUUGGACAGAAUAGUCGCAAAUCAAGCCUGGCUAGAUAUGUUCCCCCAAGCGUCAGCAACCUAUUUACAGAAAGUCUGCUCAGACCACAGUCCAGUCAUGACUAACCUCAUUGAGCAAAUGUGGAGACAGCAAGCAGAAAAGCCGACUCAAUUGGCUCAGUCCGGGGACAGGAACACCAAAUUCUUUCACGCAGUCACAAAAAACCGUAGAGCACAAAACAGGAUCCUCAGUCUCAUUGAUGAUGAUGAUAAGGAGUGGUUUGCGGGAGAAGACCUUGGAAGACUUGCAGACUCUCACUUCAAGCUACUGUAUUCUUCAGAAGACGUGGGAAUCACCCUAGAAGACUGGAACAGCAUACCAGCGAUAGUCACAGAAGAACAGAACGCUCAGCUAAUGGCACAGAUAUCCAGAGAGGAAGUGAGAGAGGCAGUGUUCGAUAUCAACCCACACAAGUGCCCAGGCCCGGACGGCAUGAAUGGGUUCUUCUUUCAACAAUUUUGGGACACAAUGGGAGAUGAUCUCACAACUAUGGCGCAAGAAUUCCUCAGAACAGGGAAACUUGAAGAGGGAAUCAACAAAACAAACAUCUGUUUGGUUCCAAAAAAGCUGGAGGCAAAGAGGCUAGUGGAAUUUCGCCCCAUAAGUUUGUGUAAUGUCGCCUAUAAGAUUGUCUCAAAAGUACUUAGUAAGCGAUUGAAGUCUGUACUACCUUGGAUAAUAACAGAAACUCAAGCAGCUUUUGUCGAAGACAGACUCAUCUCUGAUAAUAUCUUGAUUGCCCAUGAGUUAUUGCACGCUUUGAAUUCCAACAACAGCUGUUCCAGAGAGUACAUUGCAGUGAAAACUGACCUCUCCAAGGCCUUUGACCGAGUAGAAUGGUCGUUCCUAGAGAAAGCGAUGCGGGCUUUGGGCUUCUCAGACGCCUGGUGCAGAACAAUCAUGGAAUGCGUCACAUCAGUAAGCUACCAGGUGCUUAUCAACGAACUAAUCCAAGCUGAAAACUCAGGAGAGAUCACAGGCCUAAAGGUGGCCCGUGGAGCUCCUGCAGUCUCCCAUCUCUUAUAUGCUGACGAUAGCAUGUUCUACUGCAAACAGUCAGAUGAAGAGCUCAGCCGCCUAACUGCAAUAUUACAAGAGUACAGUCUUGCCUCUGGUCAGAGAAUAAACUACCAAAAGUCAAGCAUUUACUUUGGCAAAAACAUUCCAAGCGAGAGGAGAGAAGAAAUCAAGCUGAAACUUGGAAUGGAGCAGGAAGGGGGUGAUGGUAUAUACCUAGGCCUCCCUGAAUCUUUUGGAGGCUCUAGAGUAUCCAUUUUGAGCUUCCUCAAAGAAAGACUCGAGCAAAGAAUCGGUGGCUGGCAAAAUAGGUUCCUUUCUCCAGCAGGCAAAGAAGUGCUUCUCAAAGCAAUUGCUUUAGCUCUUCCAACCUACACAAUGUCGUGUUUCCUGGUGCCAAAGACGAUAUGCAAGAAAAUUAUGGCUAUAAUGUCAGAUUAUUGGUGGAAGAGCAACACGGCGUCAAAAGGAAUGCAUUGGAGAAGUUGGGAGAGCCUAUGCUCCCCAAAGGACAAAGGAGGACUCAGUUUUAAAGAUCUAGAAGCUUUCAACACGGCUCUGCUUGGGAAGCAACUCUGGCGCAUUAUCACCCAACCAGACUCAUUGCUAGCCAGAAUCUUCAAAAGCAGAUACUUUAGAUCCUCUGACCCUCUCAAUGCCCCACUAGGAUCCCGGCCCUCAUAUGCGAGGAGAAAUAUCCACUCAGCUCAGCAUCUGAUCAAACAAAGCGCUAAGGUGAUCAUUGGAAACGGUGAAAACACAAACAUAUGGAGAGAGAGAUGGCUUGGAAGCUCACCUGCGUCACCAAUCACCCAAACAAGCACAGUUCCAGAGCCUAUUAGGCACCUACUCUCUAUGGAUAUGAAGGUUGCAGAUCUGAUGAUGCCAUGUAGAAGAGAGUGGAAUUGUAACCUGAUCAACAGUAUAUUCCCCGAAGGAACUCGACGCAAAAUCCUCUCCAUACACCCACAAGGUCCCAUAGGAGAGGACACCUGCAGCUGGGAAUACUCGAAAUCAGGGCACUAUAGUGUAAAAUCUGGGUACUGGGUGCAGACAAACAUCAUCGCAGCGGCCAACCAACGAGGAACAGUAGAUCAGCCAAGCCUCGACGACUUAUAUCAGCGGGUUUGGAAGUACAACACCAGCCCAAAAGUGCGCCACUUCCUUUGGCGAUGCAUCAGCAACUCCCUCCCAACAGCAGCAAAUAUGAGAAGCAAACAUAUCUCUAAAGAUAGGAGUUGCUCUCGUUGCGGUAUGGAGAGCGAAACAGUCAACCAUAUUCUAUUCCAAUGCCCGAAUGACUUCCUCUUCCAAGGCAAAGACUAUCCAGCACCAGACACAGUCAAUAAAGCUAUAGAGGACACAGCAGAGUGGAUGAGGAGACAAGAGGAAGAUAAAACAGAGGUUAAAAAACCCACUAGCAGUACGCAACAUCUCAAAUGGACGCCACCAACUCAGAACUGGAUCAAAUGCAACACAGACCAUCAACAACAAGGUAUUGGAUGGGUCUCUAGAGACUAUGCGGGACGACUGUUGUGGGCAGGAGCACAAAGGUUCGAAGGUUUGAGCUCACCUGUGGAAACUGAAGCAACCGCUUUGAACUGGGCAAUAAGGUCAAUGGCCCGCUUGGGCUACUCACAGGUGAUAUUCGAAACAGACUCGCAGGUACUGGCAAGGAUGAUCGAAGGUUCAGCAGAGACAUGGCCAAAGAUACAACCGAUCAUCCAAGACAUCACCCAAUCCCUUCAGAAGAACCGGAGCUACAGAGUAGAGUUUUUCUCUAGAGACGGUAACAAAACGGCAGAUAGGAUAGCAAAGGAAGCUUUUUCUCUUUUGAAUCAUGUUCUUAAGUUGUAUUCUAUGGUGCCAAGUUGGUUGAAACCAGUGUUAGAGGCUGAUAUGCCUUCUGUAGGAUUGAACUAUGAUGUAGGUCUGAACAAUAUUGGUUAA